AGUUCAGAGUGCGAGCAAAUCGCAGUUGGCUGUGUGACUGUGUCGAGUGACAGGAGAAGAUUUUGCUCGUGAAAACCCAAAGUGAAGAAAAAGUUGUCCGAAAUCCCCUUGAAUUUCCGGCGGAACCAGUGCACUGCGAAUCCGUUCCGACGCUCGGAACUAUCUGCGGGGACGUGCACAUUCGUGUUGUGCGAUAGCAACUGCCAACUUUAUCCCGAAUCAACCGAUUUUCAAAUGGCCGAUCAUGUUGGGUCCCGUGGCGGGGGAGCAUCCGGUGGCGGAGGAGGUGCGAUUGGUCCACAGCACUUCGAAGGCAGCAUAGAGGACAUCGACCGGCAGCUGGAGGCUCUUGACCAGGAAAGUGACUCGGACUCGGAAUCGCUGGAGGAACUGGACGCGUGCGAAAACGUCGAAGUGGUGAGCCGUGCCGGAGAUCACGACGAAGCUGGAUCCGGUCCGACACUGGACGUAACGGUUCGCUACACGAUCUGUCUGUUUUGCAAGAAACCGUUCCAGCUGAAGAAGGAACUGAAGAAGCACCUGUUUGAACACAUGAAAAAUCUCAAACCCAUGAAGGAGAAAAAGAUCGUCGAGAAGAAGUUCAAAUGUCACAAGUGCUUCAAGACCUACACCGAAAUGGCUCGCGCCGAAAAGCACAUGGGCAAGUGCAAGAAGGUCUCCAAGCUGCUGCUGGACAUGAGCAAUACGACCCCGGACGGCAACCGGAUACUCGGCGGCGGUACCGGGGACUACGAAGGCGGAGGAGGGGACAAGAAAAAGGGCGGCGGCGGAAAAUUCCGUGAACCUACCUCACCGCGGUCGCUGGUAUUCGACCCGGAAGCCGAGCAGGACGAUCGGUGGGAGCAGCGCGAACGAAACACGGUGGUGCACUUUGACGAGCGGAACCUGGCGCGGGGUGGCAGCACCGACGAUUCACCGACGUCGCCGCCGGCCGGCAGUGGCGGCCAUCAGCAGUUUCAGAGGUGUAAGUAACGUGGCGUAUGACGCCUACCGAAAGACCAAGGAGUGAUCGCUGGAGGAGGAGCUUCCCGCUACGGUCGCCGUCGCAGCAGCAGUGACCGCAAGUCCCUAGGUUUAAGAACCCCAUCCGUACAGUAUAUAUAUAAUUAAAUAGAAAGUUGUAACUUUCCUGCAUAUGUGUGUGUGAGAAUUUGGGGGUUUUGAUAAUAGAGGGAAUUUUGGAUAAUCACAGAAAAACACACACGCACAGAUGCAUCCGGUUGAAUAUUGUAUAUCAAACUCAUGCUCCAAUUAUGAUGUGCAUGUGUGAAUUUGUUUUUGUUUUCUCUCGCAAAAACGAGCUAGAAUAAGACAGCAGAAAGGUAAAUACAAACAACAAAUAUUGCAGAACAAUGGACUCAGGAUUAACAAAAAUUAAACAUAACCACACGCAUAUAUGCAUAAAACAAAUUGAUUUAAGCAAAGAAAUGAAAUAUUCAGCCCCGUUAAAAAUAUCCAUCUUGCGAUAACAGUGUUGUAAUGGUUUAAAGUGCUAUGGGAUAAGUUUAACGUUAAUAUAAAAUAUUACUUUUUAUUUAUUUAAAUUGUUAGUGAGAAUUGUGAUACUUGCCACAUUUAUUAAUUACGAUAAUUAACGAACCUAUAAAAAAAAGUAUAUGUAAGGGAGCAAUUUCACUCACCUAAACAGAAAAUCAUGCAUUCAAUUAAGUGUUUUCAAAGUGCUUCGUUUUCAAACACCAAGAUUAAUUCGAAACACGUCGGAACCUUUUCCCUGUAUUUAUAUAUGUUACGCGAAGCAAAUUCACACAAAAUCACUGGUUCAAAAUUGCACCCCAUGAAAAAAAAACUUGAGACAUUUUCUGCAUUUUGUUUUCGGCUCAAAUUCCAGGUCCAUUCACUCACAAACUAUUACCUUAUGCAACUAUUUUCAAACGUUUUUUUUUUAUCAACAACGUUUGAAAAUAUUUGCAUCAGCCUCAAAAUAUGCAAUCAAAUUUUAAUGGUAACCUCAGCACGGUUAAGAAAGGGCAAGCGUCUCUGGAACGGUUGGACCUGCAGCCAUUCGAAACGGUCCGAUGGUUUUGGGGAUGUCCGUUCUUUAGCGAAACAAACAGAAAUAAAUAUGGUAAAAUCAAGACUCUCGAUACAAUAACUAAAACUAGAGAUAGCAUCUGAAAUCUGAAAUAUCUUUAUCAAGUCCUAACCGAUACAUAUAGUCAACGUACUUUGUAUAACAGAAUAACACAAUCUGAGAAUAUUUUUCCGUUAUUUCCUAACCUUCAACUAAACACGAAAACAUAAAAGCAACAAAAACUAGAAUAGAUACGAAACUCAAUAAAACCAAGAGCAAAUGAAUGUCUUUUUGAUUCGACUAUUGUUGAAAAAGUAGAGUUCGCAGUAAAGCGCUCUAAUGCUCGUUUCAAAAUACAGAUGGCAAUAAACUGUUGAAAAGACGUCCAUAGAGCUUUAUGACGUUUCGCGUACACACACUAGCGCACCAUUUGAUUUCACUGGCCGGACAAAAUUUAACCUCACUUUUUUUCGUGUACGUACACGCAAUACAUGCGCACGUAAAUAACUCUAUUUGCACUUGCUGGAACACACACACACACACGAACAGGCAGGACGAGCAGCUACAUUUAACUAGCUUAUAGUAAACGACUACAGCAAAGCGGAUAGCGGGAGUGAACACGGAAUGGAAUAAGCAAGCAAACAAUAAGCAAGAUUUGUGUCUGUAUAGUGCGAUAAGUCAAGCGGAUAAUAUACACACCACAACAUUGAAGAAUUACGAUGAAUGAAUUAUUAAGGUUUUAACUGAAAGCUCUAGCAAUUAUCACGGCAGGUGAGCUGAGAAAUGUGCAGCAAAAAAUAUAUAUCUAUCAGAAUGCGAUCAACAGUCAUUUUCUGUCUAAACAGCAUAUUAACGUAAAAAAAAGGACUAAUACUAUAUAUAUAUAUUCUAGAAGGGGUAGGGUAGUGUGGUGAGAGCGCGCACGCGUGACUUGUGAGUAGAAUGAGUGUGGCGCGCACUUGGUGUUCUAGAAGAGAGAGAAAGCCAGUGUGUAAAUGUUUUAGACGUAUAUUUAUAAAUCUAUUGGUACUAAAACAUUUUCCCGAAAUCCAACAAAGAAAAAAUCACUUCCUUGGGACAACCUGUUGCUUUGUUUUUUUUUUUUAUAAAUAUAUUUUCAUUUCUCGGUGAAACUUAUUGUUCUAUUCUGUAUGCGCGCAUUUAGUUCCUUCCGAACGCUUUUAUGUAUGUAUUUGGGCAUAUGUUCGUGCUAAAUCAAAACAAACAAAAAUUAAACAAAAAUCUUCUCAAAAUUAACCAAACGCUAAACAAUGUUGCUUUGAUGUCUAUCGAUACGAGUAAAAUUUUUAGCAAAAAUCAAACAAAUCGGCAAUGGUUCAAGCUGAAACGCAAAACACCCAAUUAUAAGAGGCAAACAUAGGAUUGUUGAACAGAAAACUAUAUAAAAAGCAAACCCCAAUUUGUGUGUAGAACCUAACGGAAUGCUCUUGUCUUUGAAGAAGAAAAAAACUAACAAUUCAUUGGAAAAUAGACUACAUGAAAAGUGACGUUGUGUACGAAGCAAGAAAAUAAAAACAAAAUAAAAAGAAGUGAAAGCAUUUACCAAUGCGGUAAACGGCAUGAGUCAAAUGGCGGAAGAGGAUUUUGCAGCAGAAGGAAAAGUCUAAACAAAGUCCAGGAGUGAAAACCCUUGUUAAUGUGAACUUCUUUUUCUCGAAUGUAUUUAAUAAAUUAUGCAUAUGAAUUCAA